UCGUUUGACAGCUUCAACGGCGCCGGACGGAGAAGCGAGCGGGGCAGAGAGAGAGACAAACUCGUCGAGGGAAGACAAAUAAGAGACAAAAACCUUCGUUUGCAACAUAAGAACUCCGCAGACUCCUCCAACCGCGACGGCUGGCACACACCAUGGACGGUUAUGCCCGGACCGAAGAUGAGCUGUUCUCCUCGUGCCUCCUGAACCUCACCUGGGAGAAUUGCUACGAGCAGUGUGCUGCCUUGGUUGGUGAAGACCAGCCCCUCUGUCCAGACCUCCCUGAACUUGACCUCUCAGAGCUGGAUGUCAGUGACUUAGAUGCAGACAGCUUCUUGGGUGGCCUCAAAUGGUACAGUGAUCAAUCGGAGAUUAUUUCCACCCAGUAUGGCAACGAUGCAUCCAAUCUUUUUGAGAAGAUAGAUGAAGAAAAUGAGGCCAACUUGCUGGCAGUGCUUACAGAGACCCUGGACAGCAUCCCGGUGGAUGAGGACGGAUUGCCUUCGUUUGCGGCCCUGGCAGAUGGGGACGUGACCAAUGCCAGUGACCGGAGCUGUCCCUCCUCCCCUGACGGCUCGCCACGUACCCCAGAGCCUGAGGAGCCUUCCCUGCUGAAGAAGCUCCUUCUGGCACCCGCAAACUCCCAGCUCAGCUAUAAUCAAUACACAGGUGGCAAGGCACAGAACCAUGCAGCCAGCAGCAACCACCGGAUCAGACCACCACCUGCCGUCGUCAAGACGGAGAGCCCCUGGAAUGGGAAAGCAAGAGGGGGCUCCAGCCAACAGAACCGCCCGGUGAGGCGGCCCUGCACUGAGCUGCUGAAAUACCUAACAGCCACCGAUGACAUCCUGCUCCACACCAAAGCCAGUGAAGCCAAGAGCACCUGGGGAGGUGCCGGUAGCAGGGACAAGAGUGGCCUGGGUCUUGGUGCCUCUUCCUCUUCCUCGUCGCCAUCCUCGUCAUCCACCUCCUCGUUCUCCUCCCUCUCCUCCACUUCUUCUACCUCUUCUUCCACCACCUGCAAGAAGAAGUCAGCUGUGCCAUCUCAACAACAACAACAACAACAACAACAACAGCAGCAGCAGCAGCAGCAGCCGCCGCAGCAGCAUCACCAGCGAGGUGAGAGCCGGGCUGCAGGCGAGUGUAGUGUGCCUGGUGUUGGGGCUGGGAAGUGGCAGCGUUGCUCUCACGAUGACGGGGUUGAGGAGUCGGAGGGUGCUUCUAUCCCUGUCGGCCACAGAACCUCCACCUGCGGCCAUGCCCGCCCCAAACUGGAGCACGGGCCGCCCAGUGAAGAAGGAAGGCCGCCAGGCGAUGUGGGCCGCCUGGCCGCCGCUAGGUUUAUUAGGUAUAUGCAUUCUUAUUCCCUCCCUCCCCGAGAGGUGAGUCACAGCUGUGAGCAUUGCCGAGAGGCUGCGGGCGCCACUCAGGCUAGUGAGGGCUUUGGCAGGCAUGGCCGUAGAAACAGUAGUGGGAGCAACCGUGCACCACGUAGACACAUCACAGUGACUAUUAGAAAAAGAGAUGAGAAGCCGGGGCACCCCUUACUUAGCCAGCUGCUCACCUCCAAACCAAGGCCCGCUAGGUAUCGAGCCCACCUAGUCCCACCUAAGAUCGCCCCUUUACCCAGCAUUCAGAGCAAAUCAGCAGGUAAGAGGUUUCAGAGCCCAGCACAGGCUCCCUCAAAGGUGGAGGAGGAAGAGUUGGGAGGGACCACUGAUUGUAGAAACCCGGGAGUAAGUCAGCUUGUAGAGCCUGACUCAGGGGCCCUUAUGUCACCUCUGGCCUUAGACCUAGAGCACUGGGUUAAUCAGCCAGACUCGGGGCUAGACAUGGGCUUUGGACUAGAGCUCGGGUGGCUAAACCAGGGGCUCUAUGGGGAGGAUGUUGACCAUGAUGAUGAUGAUGAUGGUGUUGAUGAUGAUGAUGAUGACCAUGUCACGGGCAGCCCCGCUGCGGUGCUCUCACAGGGCCCACCGAGCCCACUCUUCCCAGAUACUAGAAUUGCAGAGCCCACCCCUCCCUGCAUCAUACAAGGGCAGGGGCACCCACACAGGCAGGCACUCAGCGAGCACCCCGACGACCAGGGCCUCCCGUUGUUAGCCAAACCAACCACCUUGCCACUUCCUUUGACCCCAGAGUCUCCAAAUGACCACAAGGGAUCACCGUUUGAGAACAAAACCAUUGAACACACAUUAAGUGUGGAGAUUGCUGGAACCCCAGGUCUGACACCACCUACCACGCCCCCACACAAAGCCAGUCAAGAGAAUCCUUUCAAAGCAUCGCUCAAAACCAAGUUGUCUUCAUGUUCCUCAUCGGCCUUGGCAUGCAAAAGAGCCAGGCUGAGCGAAUUGGGCCCCGGCGCUCUGGCCCUGGCUCCAGGUGCCUCAGGCGGGGGCCCCACCAGGAAGGGUCCCGAACAGACUGAGCUUUAUGCCCAGCUGAGCAAAGCGUCCACCGCCCUACCUUACUCGGUCACCCAACACACUGUGGGGGGCGGCCUUGAGGAGCAUCGCAGCACUAGUAACAAUAAGCGGGCGGCGUCCCGUGGCUACAGUGACCAUGACUAUUGCCAAGCCUCAGCUAGCACUAAGAAGGAUGGCAGCACAGCCGCUGUUACCAUGACUACAGCAGCGGAAAUGACGGUCACCACAGGUGCCACCGCUGCUCCCAUGCCUACUGCAGGCAAAGUGGAGGACAGGCAUGUCGAAUGUAAGGACUCAGCCAUGCCACCAUUCUCUUCAUCAUCCUCAUCUUCUUGUACUCCAUCAUCAGCUUCAUCUGGUCCUUUGGCUAACCAGCUAAAUGUUGCCUCUGUGAAUGGAGAAGCAGUUCGGGUUCAGGAGUUGGGGAAGCAGACCCAUACACUACCCACCCAGAUCCCAUCACAAGAGGCCACUACUGACUGGGACCAACACGCCAUCAGCCGGAAGACCCUGUGUGACCAGGAAAUCAGAGCAGAACUCAACAAGCACUUUGGUCUCCCCUUAAAAGCCCUUUAUAGCCAGAGUGGCCAGGAGAGAGAACCAGGCAGCAAACCAAGUAAGGCUGCAGCCCCUAAGUCCCUUGAGGAGGGAGAGAAUUCCCAGAGACUGCCCGGCUCCAGCUACCUGCACCCGGGGAUCCUGCCCUUCCAGGGUGAGCUAGAGCUGGGUGAGGGCCGUGAGAGUCGCUUCCUCUAUCCGUGGGAGGGAACCCCUCUGGACCUUCUCUUUGACUGUCCCCCCUGCUCUCCCUCCUGUUCCCCACCAUCCAGUUGCUCCCCUUCACGAGGCUCCGUCUCCCCACCUUCCUCCCUCCUCCUUUCGCCCAGCAGGCCUUUCUGCUGGACCAGCAGCGGAUCCCGCUCCCGUUCUCGCUCCCACUCUGGCUCCCGCAGCUCCUCCUCUCACUACCGGAGGCGCUCCCUCUCCAGCUCACCUGACAGACGCCCGUCCUCCUGGUCUCGUCACAACACAGAUUCAAGCACCUUUCGUUCCAGGACUCACAAGAGCCCCCACCCUCAGUCUCGAUCUCCUCUCAGCCGCAGACCAAGGUAUGACAGCUACGAGGAGUACCAGCACGAGAGGCUGAAGAGGGAGGAGUACCGCCGGGACUAUGAGAAGCGGGAGUUCGAAAGGGAAGAGCAGAGAGAGAGGCAAAGACAAAAAGCAAUAGAGGAGAGACGGGUGGUGUACGUGGGGCGACUGAGGUCCGACUGCACCCGGACAGAGUUGAAGCGCCGCUUUGAAGUCUUUGGCGAAAUUGAAGAAUGUGCAGUGAACCUGAGGGACGAUGGGGACAAUUUUGGCUUCAUCACGUACCGCUACACUUGUGACGCCUUUGCCGCCCUUGAGAACGGACACACCUUACGCAGGUCAAACGAGCCUCAGUUCGAGCUGUGCUUUGGCGGACAAAAGCAGUUCUGCAAAUCACAUUACACAGACUUGGACUCCCAUUCGGACGACUUUGAUCCUGCCUCCACAAAAAGCAAGUAUGACUCCAUGGAUUUUGACAGCUUGCUGAGGGAGGCCCAGCGCAGCCUGAGAAGGUAACCAGUUCAGUGGCACCUGCUGUCUGUCACAAAGAGGGACUUCUGAUACCUCACUGUUGUUUCUCGCUCCUUUGACGACGAGACUACCAGAAGUUUUACACUCUAUGUCAUAGAGUAUAUAAGAAUAAGUCUAUAGACCUAUAUCAAUAUAAAUGAAUAUAUCAAAAAUAAAGUUUACAUGAACAUAGCUGCUGAAGAGCUGGGAAGAGACAUUGCAUUCUGGGAAAGCCAGUGAACCCUCAGAACCUGGUGCACAGGUUUGGUGCACUCUACUGCUGUACAACCAUCAGUGAAAGAAGAAAAAAAAAACUUUCAUGAUUUUUUUCUCCAAGCACUACAAUGCCCACAAUUCUUUGGGGGUGAAAACAUGCAGCUUGUUCAGCCAGAUUUGUUUUCUUUUGCUGUUGAUUUUUUUGUCUUUCUUUUAAAUCUGGUGUUUGGAUCUAGUGUUACAUUACAAACAAGAGUAUAGGGAAUUGUAUCUUGGAGGUAAAAUUCUCAAGGUAACAUUGUUGUCUACAUUUUAAGGUGAAAUGUAGCCGUGUAUUUACAAAUACUAUAAAAAGGAAUAUUUUUAUUUUAUGUACAUAUCGGAUAAAGUUCUUUAUUUGUUACAGCUAUGCACUGUAAAACGCAGCCUUUUUUAAAAAUGAGGAAAAAAUUUCUUAAUUCAGAAUGUCUAUCUGUAGUAAUUACAAUACUGUAAAACAUAUUGUACACCUACAUGAUGUUUAGAAGACAUGAUAUGAUUGUAAAAAAGAAAAAAAGAUGCGUCCGAUUGCUCAUUUUGAGGGAGCAUGUGAACAAACGUCCUUUUUUAAGUUAUUUUGUUGGGGAAUAAAACAGUCAACCAUGUAUAGUUUUCUCUGUUUAUAAAGUUUUCUCAAUCAGUGUUUUUGCUUAUAAAACCAGUGUAAAAUGCAUUUUUAACGUGUUUUUCAUGAUUGUAAAAAAGGUACCCCAUUUUUUAUUAAUUAUUUCCGAAGCAAUCAAUAUAUAUAUAUGCAUAUAUAUGUAUAUAUGUGUGUGUAUAUAUAUAACUGUAUGGUUGUCCUUUUGAUUACCUUCAAUGAAACAGAAUACUGCAUUCAAAUCUUUUAAAUCAGUACAAACACAUAUUUAUCUAUUUAUUUUAAUAUUUGAAUCAAGACUAUUUAUGGGCUCCAUUUUACAUGGCGUACCUCAUGGACAUUUAUUUGCUGUUUAUGUUGUGUUAUUUAACUUCCAAUCACUAGACAGGGUGUACAAUAAAUGGGAUAAUAUUACCUUCUAUGCCUUUCCAAAACAAUCAAAACAUUCAGCCAAUCACUCCAGCAGCCAGCCCCUCAUCAUUUUAGUGAUUUCUGUCUCCACUAUCAGUCACAUCUGCAGCACGUCGCUGGUGCUUCUUUCCACACAUUAAAGCAAAACAUGAAGCAAUAAAAUGAUUUAGCAGGAAUUUUCUGUUGUACCACUGUAAACGGUUGUUGUCAUCGCUCCACUCACGCUUGAUUAUGUGAAUGCCAAACAAAAGUUUACAAUUUCCUUUUCCUGAAGUUUUUUAAAGAUCUUGUAUUUGAUGUACAAUAUAUAUAAAUAUAUAUACAAUGAUGAUACUACUAAUAUACACAAUAAUUACAAGAUGAUUAAUAAUAAUAACAAUGAUAAUAAUAUAAAUGAAAGAAAAAACUAUAUAAAAAGCAAUAAAUUAUUUUUCAGAGUUGUAUUUUAGCUCCUAUUGUUGUGUGAUUUUUGGACUUGACCCAUUACCCAGUCGCUGGUAGCUAGGAAGAAUCCAUUCCAGUAUCUUAGCAUUACAUCACCGUGACAUAAACACUUGAAUGUCCCCGCUCCCACCACCCGCUCUUCCCUUUAAGAUGUAAGUGAGUCUAUGUGAUUGUAAUGCACGCAUUACUUUGUGACAUCUGUGCAAACGUGACUGACUCUUAACUCCACCCUGUGUGUAAAAACGUGUCGAGUUGAAACUGUUUGUUGUGUAGUGCAUGGCUAUAACAGGAUGACAGUCGGUACAGUAUAUACCACUUUGGAUAUCUGCCUCUUAGCUGUCUUAACUGGCAGGUUUUAAAUGACAUUCUAUAAGCCUAGAGAAAACUACUCAACAAUGUAUCGCAUGCCGCACCACUUUCCAUCACCACCAACCCCCCACCCACCCCCACUCACAGUCCAGAUAUCACAGCGCCGUCGACAUGACAUAAAAGGUAACCUUGCGGUUUCUGGUUCAAUUAAUAUCCCGUUUCUAGCUCGAGCCAAGUAAUGAGAGAAGCAGCUUCCAUCACAGGAAGGAGAAAUCUUGCUGAUCACAGGCUUCCUUUCAUGGAGUUUGACUGUGGAGACAAGAAACAGCUAAUUUUUAUGAUGCAAAGAGGCAAAAAUUGGUCAAUUUAAGAAAAAGAAAAAAAGAGAGGAAAAAAAACCCUUUACCUGUGUUUUAAAACAUUGUUUUACUUUUUUGCUGUCUGUAUAGCGUUUGGGUAAUGGUGUCGUGUCCCAUUUGAUAGAUGUGGCUUUAAUCAUUGUAAUAAAAAAAUGCUUUGUAAAUUGCCUAGAAUAGCAAUAUAUUAUAACACCUUAUGGUUCAAAUUUCAAAUGUGGCGGACUUUUUAAUAAUGUGACCUACUGAGGACUUUGCCACUGCUUAAACGUUUGUUGGGUAAUCAUGUUUCUUUUGGAAGGACAAUAUGUGUAUGAGCAAAUGUGUGUGUGCGUGUGUGUGUGAUUUUAGGCAGGUAUGUCUGUGUUUCUGGGAGUGUAUGUAUGUGUGUGUUUGGGGGAGGGGGAGGGGGGUCGCUAUGGGUUGUUACCUGUUUGUGUCCUAUCCACGUUGCCUUCUGCCAAGUCCUUACCAAUGCCUUUGUGGUUCUACCUAUUGUACGACUUUCUUGUGAAUUUCAUUUUUUAUGUGCAAUUCUCAUCAGCCUCACCAUGCCAAUAAAGGGAAAUGUGUUUGAAAAAAAA